AUGGCGGAUUCUUCCGAGUCGCUCAACAUGGCCACCAGCCCUGCACGCAGUUCUCGGCGGGGGGAUGCCCUCACCUCCAGCCCGGGGAGAGACCUGCCGCCCUUUGAGGAUGAAUCUGAAGGACUUCUGGGGACUGAAGGCCUCCCUGAUGAGGAAGAUGAUGAUGGGGAGGAGCUGAUUGUAGAUGGGAUGGAACGGGACUACCGCCAUAUUCCAGAGUUGGAUUUCUAUGAACGUGAGGGCUUAGCCAUGGAUGAUGAAGACAUAGAGGAACUGACCGCCAGUCAAAGGGAAGCAGCAGAGCAGGCAAUGAGGCAGAGGGACCGCGAAAUGGACCGUGGCCUGGGCCGCAUGCGGCCUGGUCUGCUUUACGACAUUGAUGAUGAAGAUGAGGAUCGCCCUUCGCGGAAGAGGCGCAUGGCUGAACGAGCAGCUGAUGGCAUAGAGGAUGAGGAUGAAGACAUGAUUGAGAGCAUUGAGAACCUGGAAGACAUGAAGGGGCACUCUGUGAGGGAGUGGGUGUCUAUGGCAGCCCCUCGACUUGAAAUCUACCACCGCUUCAAGAACUUCCUGAAGACACAUGUGGAUGACCACGGCCACAAUGUCUUCAAGGAGAGGAUCAGUGACAUGUGCAAAGAGAACAGGGAGAGCCUGGUGGUGAAUUAUGAAGACUUGGCUGCCCGUGAACACGUCCUCGCCUAUUUUCUUCCUGAGGCCCCAGCUGAAAUGCUGAAGAUCUUUGAUGAAGCUGCCAAGGAAGUGGUGUUGGCCAUGUACCCCAAAUAUGACCGGAUUGCUCAGGAAAUCCACGUUCGCAUUUCCCACUUACCUCUGGUGGAGGAGUUGCGGUCACUCAGGCAGCUACAUUUGAACCAGCUGAUCCGGACGGGUGGGGUUGUAACAAGCUGCACAGGGGUCCUCCCCCAGCUCAGCUUGGUCAAAUACAAUUGUACUAAGUGCAGCUUCAUCCUGGGGCCUUUCUGUCAGUCUCAGAACCAGGAAGUGAAGCCUGGAUCCUGCCCUGAGUGUCAGUCUGCUGGUCCCUUUGAAAUCAACAUGGAACAGACCGUCUACCAGAACUACCAGCGCAUUAAAAUCCAGGAAAGCCCUGGGAAAGUGGCAGCUGGCCGGCUUCCUCGCUCCAAGGAUGCCAUUUUGCUUGCUGACCUGGUGGACAGCUGCAAGCCAGGAGAUGAGAUCGAGCUUACUGGAAUCUACAAUAACAAUUAUGACGGUUCCUUGAAUACAGCCAAUGGAUUUCCAGUGUUUGCCACAGUGAUUCUGGCCAAUCACAUUGCAAAGAAGGAUGACAAGGUAGCAGUUGGGGAGCUCACGGAUGAGGACAUGAAGGUCAUCGUAGGCCUCUCCAAGGAUGAGCAGAUCGGAGAGAAAAUCUUUGCUAGCAUUGCUCCUUCCAUUUAUGGACAUGAAGACAUCAAAAGGGGCCUGGCCCUAGCCCUGUUUGGAGGAGAACCUAAAAACCCAGGUGGAAAGCAUAAAGUCCGUGGUGACAUCAACGUUUUGCUUUGUGGGGAUCCCGGAACAGCCAAGUCUCAGUUCCUGAAAUAUGUUGAAAAAGUGUCCAGCAGAGCGAUCUUUACCACCGGCCAGGGUGCUUCUGCUGUUGGUCUGACCGCUUAUGUUCAGAGGCACCCGGUGAGCAAGGAGUGGACCCUGGAGGCAGGCGCCCUGGUGCUGGCAGACAGAGGGAUUUGCUUAAUAGAUGAGUUUGACAAGAUGAAUGAUCAGGACAGAACCAGCAUCCACGAAGCCAUGGAGCAGCAGAGCAUCUCCAUCUCAAAGGCGGGCAUCGUCACAUCUUUGCAAGCGCGCUGCACUGUUAUGGCCGCUGCCAACCCCAUAGGUGGCCGCUAUGAUCCCUCCUUGACUUUCUCAGAAAACGUUGAUCUGACGGAGCCCAUCAUCUCUCGAUUUGAUAUCCUGUGCGUCGUCAGGGACACCGUGGAUCCUGUUCAGGAUGAGAUGCUGGCUCGGUUUGUGGUUGGCAGUCACAUCAAGCAUCACCCCAGCAACAAGGAUGUUGUGAGUGGAGACUCUCAAGAGAUUAUUCUUCCUAAUACUUACGGCGUGGAACCCAUACCUCAGGAGGUCCUGAAGAAAUACAUAAUCUAUGCCAAGGAGAAAGUCCAUCCCAAACUCAACCAGAUGGACCAGGACAAAGUGGCCAGAAUGUACAGUGAACUCCGGAAAGAAUCAAUGGCGACCGGAAGUAUCCCCAUCACAGUGCGCCACAUUGAAUCCAUGAUCCGAAUGGCCGAGGCCCAUGCCCGCAUGCACCUGCGGGAUUACGUGAUGGAGGACGAUGUCAACAUGGCCAUCCGAGUCAUGCUGGAGAGUUUCAUUGACACACAGAAGUUCAGCGUUAUGAGGAGUAUGCGGAAGACUUUUGCUCGGUACCUUGCCUUCAGGCAGGAUAACAAUGAGCUAUUGCUGUUCAUUUUGAAACAGCUGGUCUCAGAACAGGUGAUGUAUCAGAGAAAUCGUUAUGGGGCUCAGCAGGAUACCAUUGAGGUUCCAGAGAAAGACCUGGUUGACAAGGCUCGCCAGAUCAACAUCCACAACCUUUCUGCCUUCUAUGACAGUGAGCUGUUCAAGAUGAACAGGUUCAGCCGGGAUGUGAAGCGGAAGCUGAUUCUGCAGGCAUUCUGAAGGUCAUGAAUUCCUGAGUAGCUGCAGAGAAAUGACCAUGUGGAACUGUGCCUCGCAUAGCGAUGCAGUGGAAAAACAAAACCAACCACUUUAGGAACCUGCAAGGAAGAUCUAGAAACUCUGCUGUGCUGAAGGACUUGUGCAUAGAAUAAAUAGAAUGGCCCUGAGUGUUUCAUGCCCAGCAUUCCUGUGCUUCAUGCUAGCUGAGGUUGUUGGAUAAAAAACCCCCAAGGAAUACUUUCUGCUGGCUCCAGGUUUGAAACUU